CAGUCUCUCUCCUCCCUCCGCCGCCACCUCCGCCACCGCCACGGCGCCCGCCGGUGAACCCCACCGUUGGCGACCAUCGCGCGCGCCACCGCCCUCCCCACCGCUCGGCUCCUCCUGCGCGGGCGCAUGGCCUCCUUCGCCUCCGUUGCGACCCUCCCCUUUCCCACCUGCUCCUCCUCCGACGACGACUCUGACGACGCCAAGCCCCUCCCGCCUCUACCCACAUCGGAGGAAAUAUGCCCUCCGCAGCAGCACCAGCAGCAGCCGCAGUGGCGGCAGCUGGAGCGCGACUGCAACGUAGCCAUGAAGGCCCUGGCGCGCGCGGGCGACGUCGACCAGGUGCUCGCCCUCUUCGCCGAGCUCAGGACUUCCGGAACCCCCAGUGUGCUCUGCUACAACACUCUCCUCAACGCGCUCGUCGAAGCUGGCCAUGUGGAGGAGGCCCCCAAGGUGUUCGACGAAAUGUGUGCGUCUGGGGUGCGGCCCGAUGCGUCAUCCCACAACAUCUUUCUCAAGCUGCGUUCGUGGACCACCGACCACGACGACUCUCCGUACAAGGUGAUCAUCCGGAUGCAAGAGCUUGGGAUGAAAGUUGACGUGAGCACGUACUCUACAAUUGUCACGGGGCUGUGCCGUGCGGGGAAGCUCCUCGAGGCAUGGGGUCUGCUUGAGUGGAUGCAGGAAGCGGGGUGCCGUCCCAUGGUGCAUACUUACACGCCAAUUGUACAGGGAUAUUGCCGUGAGGGCCGUGUCAAGGAGGCCAUGGACCUGAUGGCCACGAUGGAAGCUGCUGAUUGCCCUCCCAAUGUAGUCACCUACAAUGUUCUGAUCAGGGCUUUGUGCGACGCCGGCCAAUUUAAUGAAGUCAAGCAGCUUUUAAUGGAGAGCAGAACCAAGGGUUGGACGCCCAGUAUUGUCACCUACAAUACCUUUAUGAAUGGUCUCUGCAAGAAAGGUAAGGCUAAGGAAGCACUUGCGCUGCUGGGUGUUAUGCUGGGCAAAGGGUUGGAUCCCACAGAUUUUACUUUGAGCAUUCUUCUGAAUUGCCUUUGCCAUGCCUCGAGGAUUUCCCAUGCCAGAUACUUGCUAGAGAGGAGUACGUCGUCAUCGAGAUGGUAUGCUGGUGUUGUUGCAUACAACACUGUGAUGGGCAGGUUAUGUGAAAUGGGACAUUGGAGGGGUGUUCUGAAGCUGUUGACAGACAUGAUCAAGAAAGGUGUGAUGCCAAACACGAGGACGUUCAACAUUGCCAUUCGUAGUCUUUGCAUUGGUCGAAAGUGCUCCGCAGCCAAGAGCCUAGUCUGUAACCAAGGGUUUGCUGCAAAUGUCGUGACAUACAAUACACUGAUUGAUUGGUUUUUCUACCAUCGAACGCCUAGUGAGGUGGGCCGCCUAAUGUCUGACAUGGCAGCAGGAAAUAUUGCUGUAGAUGAAGUUACUUACACUAUAUUCGUUGUUAGAUUAUGCAGAGAUGGAAAUUUUGCUAAGGCCAGUAGUUGCUUUCUAAAAUCGCUAGAGAAUGGACUGUCAAUGGAUCUUCUUGGCGUCCUUAUAAACAGGCUUGCUUACAAUGGCAAAAUCACGGAGACUAUUCUCAUAUUCCAGAAUAUGAGAGAAAGAAAAGGGUUUUCCCUAGAUAAUUCUGUAUUUGACCUCACAAUUGAAAGAUUCUGUAGGGCCGGUUAUUGUCAUGACAAAUAUAUACAUAAUCUUAACUCUAUUCUAGAUGCAAUGUUGGGAAAGCAGUGAACUGAACUCUUGUGGAUCUAGGAAGCAGACGAUAAUUGGAGGAAUGGUUUCCCUCUUUUCAUUAUUUUCCUCCUGCCAACUGCCAUGAAUGAGAAGUGUGGACAUUGCUAAAGAUACUCAAUACGUGUUGUCUGACUUUUAUAAUAUUCCGUACAUCAAAGAUGGCUGCAUGCCUGUUUAUGUUAACCUAUUCCACCCUGCCACUCAACAGACAGAGUCUAAUUGGUGGGUUAUGGGAAGAUUGACUUACUUGCCAACAUAGAAAGGUUUGGUAGUCGGUACUAAAGUUACAUGAUUAAUUAUAUUGAUUUACAUAAAUGGUGUUAUUUAUGUAUCUGGUGUUGUAAACUAGUACUGUAGUAAGAACUAGCAAGCAAUAUUUUUAGGCUGGUAUUAUAAUUAUGUUUGAAUUUUAUACAUGUUCUGCCAAGUUGCAUAUCUAUGCUACAAAUAUUUUAGUGACUAGGACGCCGAAUUUUCCCCUCUUACCUAUGCUAUUCUCACAUCUGUGACACCUCAGCCCAGCCUGGUUGAAAUUCAGCCCAGCCUGGUUGACACUUAAGUGGA